AUGUUGCGAUCUAUUACAGGUUUUUUCUUCAAUUUUUUUCAUAAAGAACCUCAUAUUAAAAAAUACCAUAUCAUAGGGUGCCACUGGAAGGACGUAAAACAUCACCACAAACAUAAAGGUCAAGGACCACACUUACGUUCAAUAAACAUCGCCAACAUCGAUGCUGAGGGCAGAGCCAUCCCAGGUGACAGAGCCACUUACGCCUUGUCUGGCUUCAUCAGAUCUAGAGGUGAGGCUGAAGACUUCUUGAAAAUUUUGGCCCAACAAGCCAGUUUUUUUUUUUUUUUGAGAGAAGGUUUGGGCGUCCAGUGUGACUCCCGUAAAGGAAAUGUAUAUUUAAGAAAAAAAGGUUUCUAUAUGUCACUUAUCAAGCUUCAGCCGAGUUUUGACACUCAAUGCAUAACUGGGAGUUGUCUAAAGGUUUUUUGUACAUAUUGUCUUUUAUGUUUUCUCCUUAAAACAGAUGAAUAUGCCAAAAUAAAGAGAAACCAGAAAUAUAAAACCUCAAAUGUCAACUUUGCACAAGCUAGGCCCCUAGCAAUGGAAACGCCACAAAUGCUGCCAUAG